UCUAAAUGAGUGAAUUCCAUGUAAUAGUGGUAUCCAUUGUAGAAGUUUUUUCCUUAAAAUGAUGGAUGUCUCAUUUCUUUUUCUUUUCCGAACUGCUAAAUCCCUUCAGGCCUUGAGGCCUUGUCUAUUUUUUUUCUCUGUUUCCUUCAAUGGUUAACGGAGUACUCCGUAUAUUUAAUCAUUCAGAAAUGAGAACUGCACUCUUAAGUUUGAACUGCGCUAAGAUGGAAGUGGUAUCACUGAACAACCUCACUCCGCUGAAAACAGAUGCGCAGCUCCGGAAUUCUCGCCCAAUCCCAUCUUUCCGGCAUCAUCUCACCGUCAAAGCUUCUCUUAACCAAUCUCAGGAAGGAAGUUACGGAGGGCCAAAGCCGAGGAGGGAAUGGGUGGCUGAUUGGGUGUCCAACAAGGACGGGGCCGUUCGGAGUGUGCCGGUAUAUGUUGGGGGGGUCUCUUUAUUGGCCGUUCUCGUCAAUCGGGCCGUCUCCGGCAUUGCGCCGGUCGCUGAUGCCAGCAGUUCACAAUCCAGAGCAGAUUUGUUAACAAUUGGAUUGGCUGUUACCAACAUCUUGAAUGGUCUUGUGUGGCUCUCCAUCAAACCAAAGUCAAUAUCUGUUGUGAGUGACCAAAGUUCUGCUACAAUUUGAGCGUAUUCCUAUUGCUUGUUGAAUUUGUCCUGGGUCAGCCCAAAAGAAUCGUCAAGAGGAAGAUCCUACAGGUGUGGAUUGCCAAAGAAUUGCUUCUGGUGUUCCUGCGCUUGUAAUUUCUGAAUUGCUUUGGUCUCUAAUUAUUGUUUAUGAUAGCAAAUGUAUCUUUCAAAUGGGAAUUUCUUCUGUCUCUUCAUCUGAUGGAGCAAUCCCUGUUGAUGCUAAAAAACUGAUGCAAGGGUCACUUUAUCAAGAUGUUAUGAAGUCUAGAUCACAGAGGUAUUUGGCCAAUUUAUCUCUGUACCCCGGGAAGUCAGAGUUACCCUUUUUGCCUUUGAAUACACAGUCUGUAAUCUUGCAACCUGUUGGAGAAAAAGGAAUUGCCAUAAUUGGUGGUAAUGUAGUUCGCGGAUUUACAACUUCAGAUCAGGUAUGGAUCACUUUGAUUGGGGAAAAAUUAGAUGCCACACUAGCAAAAGUUGUGGGUGAUGACGUCUCUGCUGGAGGUCUAACAAGCAUACGUAGUUAGGAGAGGUAUAUAUUGCUUGCAGCAAUCAUGAAAUGUGAAGACAAACCUGGAGAAAUACUACUAUGAUAUUCAUGACAUGGGUUUGUGAGUAGGAUUUGGAUUUGGAAUAGGCUUGUUGGGUGAUCUUCUUUAGCGCUGUAUUAGUCAUUAGUUGGGGGGACUUUCUUUGUUAUCAGUGGAGCACAAUUAUAUUUGUUGUAUCGAUGGAUUUCUUAUUAGUUAUUUCGUUCCCUAGAUAGAAGAAGAAAUUGCUACUUUAUCGUUUCAGCGAGGUAAAAAAACGCAGAAAAUUAGCAUAAAAAUGUCAGGGGGUUAGUUUUUGGAUUCCAUGGUGUGUUUUUGGGAUAUCAACAAACCCCGUACACGUUUGUUCUAUUCCUUUCACAGUCCGGUUCCUUUU